AUGUCGGUAUACAGAGACUUGCCUUUCGUAUUGGAGGAGGGAAGCGUCCCUCCCACCCACCGCGGUGAUCCCUGGUUCCGGGAUGGAACGGUCAUCUUGAUAGCUGGGUGCAUCGCUUUCAAAGUGUACAAGGGGCUACUCUCGCGUGAUUCGCAAGUGUUUGCUACCCUUCUAAACGAGACACCACUUGAUCGUCUCGUCAGAACACGGAUAGAAGGAUGCGAGCUGAUUCGGAUGGACGAGCCUGUAUCGAAGCUCCGUCCAGUCUUGCAGUGGAUACAUGGAGGAACCGGAAAACAUUUUCCACCGUUCGACGACUUCAAGGCCUUGACAUUCAUGUUCACGUUGGCGGACUUCUAUCAGCUUCACAACUUGCCUCGUGCCCUCAUCCAACCUUUAUUGAAACAUUAUCUUGACCGUCACCGCCUAUACGAACGCUGGGAUGGCCUGCAUUCGAUCCCGAAGCCUAUCAAUCCCAUCCAUGCUCUCAACUUCGCACGUACUUACGAAGUACGAAUGCUCUCGCUCGUUCCCAUCAUACUGGUCGAUCUCACCGUGUUCGUCUCUGAAGCGGAGCUUCUCGGUGCGAGGGAGCCACGACGCUCGUCUCCUUACGCUCCAGGUCUCAACCAAUCACAGGACAGAGACCUCUGCCCCGAGCUUUGGGAUCAUCACAAAGCUCUGGCUAGAGCCGUCGGUCGCAUCAUGACAAGGUUCGAUGCUGGGCGUGUGUUUAGCCGUCGAGUGCGGUGCUGCUCGUUCAAGAAGUUAUACGAACACCUAGUGGAGAAAUUGGAGAAGAGAGCAGGUGGUACCGGCGGUGCUAACGAGUGGCUAACAGAGUCCCACGGACGAUAUGGGUUGGAGUUGAUCUUGGAGGCGCGAACAAAUUCGGAGAGGGCCUCAUAUUGCGAUGCGUGUUUGAACGAGUUGGAUGGGGAAGUGAUGGCCGAAUAUGAGUCGUGGUGGGAGAAGAUUCCGAAGAUAAUGGGGUUGGAAGGGGGCUGGAAAGAUGAGGCAUUGAGGGAUUUACAGUAUGGUGACGAAGACGUGGUAUGGAACCUAAAGUGA